UUUCAUUUGUUAUUAGUUUCCGCGAAAAUGAAGUGGGUACUGUUAGUCUUGAGCUUAUUAUUUUUUACUAUGACACAUACGUCGGAAGCAUUUGGCCUGCUCCCAUGUAGUGAAAAAGGAUUUGUCUGUAUGGGACGCUACCAAUUUUACCAGUGUGUUCGUAAUAGUGACGGACUUCAUCUGGCCAAUAUUAUGAACUGCCCUAAAGGAAUGAUUUGUUCAGAUGAAGAUAAUUUGGAAUGUGACCGAGAAGAUGGAGCAAACCUUAUUUCAAAGACUGACAAAUAAAAAUCUUAGCGCGAAGUUAUCGAUAGAUGUUUAAGUGUACCUACAUAUUAUAAUAAAAACUUGUCAAUUCGUAAUCCAACACAUCUUGAAGUAUUCCGUCGCUAAAAGCUUGUUUUAUUUGCAUAUUAAUAAGAUAAUUUGCUGGGAUUGGUAAUAUUAUUCUGCCUCGAUUAUGCAUAUUUAUGUGAUGUUUACUGUUGACGAUUCAAAACUGAUACACGAUCAGCAUACCGGGAGGAACUAUUUAAAAAUUUUAUAAAUAAUUUCCAGAUAAAUGAUAUCCUGUAAAGAUGAC